AUGAGGGUCUUUAUCUGCUUCGAGAGCUCCUGUGAGUCUAUUGCUGUCACCUCAGAUCAGACUGUCGGGGCCACGAAGCAGAUGCUGAAGGAUAACUUUCUGGUGCAACUCUCAGAUGACAAACAGCAGCAGUACCUGGAGCUGAGCUACGGUGGUGCAGUGCUGCAGGACAGCUGGGCUCUGUGCGACGUGGGCAUCACAAGUGGCAGUACCAUCCGAUGCCUGAUAAAGAGUGAACGAAGGCCUGUGGUGUGUGUGUUCAAUGCGGUGACAGGAGAAACAUUACCAAUCAUGGGAAGUGAGGCUUUUCUGCACAUGUCCGUUGCUAGUUUGAAAACUGUGGUGUCCAUGCAAAGUGGCCUCCCUGUCAGCACCUUCAGACUGAGCACACCUGCUGGUGUGCAGCUCUAUGACUGCAACCAACUCCAAGACUACGCCAUUGAGGAGGGCAGUACUCUCCGUUUGGACACGUGGGAUGGAUGGGUUCAGUUCCUCCAGGGUUGCCUGCUGGGCCACAGAUUGACGGUCCAGAGCCACCUCUCAGAAAAAAAGCCAGUAAUGAGGUUUCAGCUGCAGGUAGCACUCUAUAUUGCUGCUGCUUUAGGCCACCUGGAUCUGGCUGGCUGGCUGCUGGAGAGGGGGAUGCAUGCUGACAAACCAGUGGGGGUCCAUCCGUACCGCCAGUGGUGCCACCAAACCUCCCACCCAGACACCGGAAAGUGUCCCAUCCACAUAGCUGCAGAGAACAGCCAGCUUCUCAUACUUAAACUCUUUAUCACCAGGAACCUUUCGACUCUGGCUUGUCUGGACCCUGAAGGUCGGGACCCUUUGAAAGUUGCUAUUCAGCAUGGUCGCAGGGAUUGUGUCCGCUACUUAGCCAACAAGCUGUGCUCAGUAGUAUCCCUGUCAAACAUAUCCCUGUCAAUGCGCAUCUACCUCCAGAUAAAACGCUGGGUGAGGUUGGGGCAGAACAGGGCAGCCUCCAAUCGAUGCCAGUACGGCAGUGCUGCGUUCAAAGCCAGGGUGGGGGAUACGUUGCUAGUGGAUGGCUUCAACCAACCAAAUAUGUCGUCCAGAUCCAGGAAAGCUGUGACCAAACCAAGCAGAGCUAUCAAGACCAAAGCGGUGAAGCCGUUACCUCCCAUCUGCAACUUACUUUCAGUAUCACACCUCCCCAGCCUGCAGUCUGUGAGCACCGGUGACUUUAAAGAGAUGCAGAAAAAGCAUAACAUUAUGUCCAAAUAA